CUGCCUCAAACAGGACAAAUACAUGUGUGUCCCCAGCCCAGUUAGUCCAAGAUUCUGAUCCCUGCUUCAGGGAAGAUCAGCCACACAUUCCACUGUUUCUCAUCCCAGUGGCCCUGGUUAGAUUCCCAAAGACUCUUCUAAGGACAGAGCUGGGUGUUACGCUCUCACCUCAGGUUGGAGAAGACCUGCCAGGGAAAGUCACCUAGUCUCUAACCUGUCCUCUGCCCUUUCACUAACCCACUUUCCUCUGCUGUCAUGGACAGGGCUAGGCUGUUUGCAUUUCACGUUAGUGUUAUUUACUCCAGGAUUCCAGUCAACACAGCUCUGGGCUGACUCAGAACACCUACCUCUCUCCUCAUCCAGUGCGCAGUCUAGACUUUUCAGACCCUUUCAAUCACCACCCACCACUACCACCGCCAGCUGUGGUGAAUACAGCCCUUCUGGCUUGGCUCCCUCUGCCCAAUGCCUACAUCCUCUUUGCCUUGCAAAUUCCCCUCACUCAGCACCCUCUUGUGACCUACCGGUGGAAGGCAAGGGGGAAGUCAUUCCAGGACAUGGCCCAGGGUGUCAGCUUCCAGCACACACAGACUGGGGUUUAGCCCUUCAGGCUAACUAUAAUUAGCCAGAUGGAGCCACUGCCUGGGAUCUGGGUAAGUUCCCUCUGCACACGGCAGUCCCAAGCAGAGUGAGCACUCAAGUGAGAAGGCAAUUGGAAGCCUGGUGUCUCCUGAGGGGGACUAAGAGGAGCUGGGGUGGCCUGCAUGCUGGAUCUCUAAAGUGCCGCAUGCUUUUCUGAACCUGGUAAACUCCAUAGCUGAUACCAUAUGGCCCACUAUUCCAAUAUGAGGGUGUCACCUUGGGAUGGGUGGAAAGGACUGACAGUUUCAUGAAAUGAAGAGAGUUCUGGCUUUCUGGCUACAGCAAAGGCAUCCUUCUCUCUUGCCUGGUCACCUGCAGCAACCCAACAAAGCCUGAGUCAUGAGGUUCUAGAAGACGGCAGGAUGUCCUUCAGACUUGGAACAUAGCUUCUAGAAGAUGGCACGAUGUCCCUCGGACUUGGAACAUGUCUCCCUUCCUGUCCAGGACGGCCUUGGACUCCCUUUGCCUGCGCUAAGAACCCUCUCCUGGUCUCCCUCUCCUGAGGAAGACCCUGGUUUACUUUCCUUUCCUCUGGCAGAACCUGACCUUAGCCCCUCAGUCCCAGGAAACCUCCCCUUUCCAGCUUUGUCCCUAGAGAAAGAGGAAGAAGAGGAUGAGGGCGACGAGGCAGAGCCCGAGAUGCUGUUCAGCGAGGCGCACCCGGGCCAGUUCUUCGCGGAAGCCAGGAGGCUGCGGGAGCAGAAGCUGUUGCUAGACGAAGACGUGUCAGUAGGGGGACAGGUAUACGGGGUGCAUCGGGUGAUCCUGGCCGCAGUCAGCAGCCUCUUCCGAGGCCGGCUGAGCUGCGGAGGUCCUCGGCCUCCGCUGAGCAUCAACGUGACCCGGGGGGGCUGGGAGGCCGCGCUGACCUUUGCCUAUGAGGGGGUGCUGGGCCCCGCCACGCAGGGCGAAGUGUUGGCUGCCGCAGAGGUGCUGGGAGCGCCCAGGCUGAAGGCUGCGGCUCAGAGGACGCCAGGAGGGCUCGGAAAAGCCAGGGAAGACGGAAAGCAGCUCAGCCAGGCAGAGGAGCUGAGGGAGAACCUGCGCGCCAUGGAGCUUCUGUUUCGAGAGGGCGUCGGGUGUGACUUGGAGCUGGAGGCAGAGGGCUACCGGCUGCGCGUGCACCGAGUAGCCCUGGCCUGUGGCAGCGAGUUCUUCGGGGCUAUGCUUCUGAGUGGGAUGAGGGAGUCCCAGGGCACAAAAGUGUCUCUGCGCACCAUCUCUACUCAAGACCUACGACUCCUCGUUUCUUUCGCCUAUUCUGGAGUUGUGCAGGCAAGAUGGCCUGGACUACUAAGAGCUGCCCAGGCUGCUCUGCAGUACCAAAGCUCUUCCUGCCUGGAUUUGUGUCAGAGAGCCUUAGCACAAAACCUCAGCCCUGCCCUUUGCCUGGCCGUGUUUCCCAUGGCUGAAGCCCCCGGGUUGGAGAAGCUCUGGAGCAAAGCCCAUCAUUACCUCCUCACCCACCUACCUGCUGUGGCUAUGUGCCCCAGUUUCCCGUCUUUACCAGCUUCUUGCCUGGCUCAACUCUUGGAUAGUGAUGAGCUCCAUGUACAGGAAGAGUUUGAAGCUUUCAUGGCUGCACGGUGUUGGCUAGCUGCCAACCCCGAGACCCAGGAGUCAGAGGCCGAGGCCCUGCUACGAUGUGUCCGAUUUGGCCGCAUGUCUACCAAGGAGCUGCGGAAGGUGCGGGCAGCUGGGCUCCCCCCACCCCUGACCUCAGAUCUGCUGUACCAGCUGAUGGUGGAAGCUGAGGUUCCAGGUCAAGAGAGGUGGAGGAGACCUGACCGAGCACUAGUGGUGAUUGGUGGGGAUGGACUCAGUCCUGACAUGGCCCAAAGACAGCCGUCUUGCAAAGUGUGGUGGGCCCGGGCCUUCCACUGUGGCAUGGGUCUGGUACGAACUGUGGAGUGGGGCCGGCUGCCUGACCUGCCUGCCCCAGGGCGCUUUCGGCAUGGCGCUGUGAGCCUAGCAGGAAGUGAACUCUAUGUGUGUGGGGGACAGGAUUUCUACAGCCAGACUGACACUCUGGCUUCAACUCUCAGGUGGGGCCCCAGUCAAGAGGACUGGGAGGAGAUGGCACCUUUGUGCGAAGCUCGGAGCUUCUUCCCGCUGGUGGUGUUCAAUGGACAACUUUAUGCUCUAGGUGGACGAGACAAUGGCGUUGCCCUUAAUUCUGUGGAGAUCUAUAACCCCGAGCUCAAUGUCUGGAGGCCAGGACCUGCACUUCCAGCACCAUGCUUUGCCCACGCAGCUGCCGUCCUGGAGGGCCGAUUGUAUGUGAGUGGUGGUUGUAGUGGGUCUGGCCAGUUCAUGGACUCACUGCUGCACUAUGACCCCAAACUUCAGAAGCCUGGGACACUUUUGAGCCCAAUGGAUAUCCCUAGGGCUGGUCAUGUGAUGGCUGCUCUGUGUGGGCGGUUGUAUGUGGCAGGUGGCCUAGGUGAGACAGGGGACCUGCUGAGUGUUGAGGCCUAUGAACCAAGGACUGACAGCUGGACUCACCUGGCACCCCUGCCUUCACCCCAUGUGGGAGCUGCAGGUGCUGUGCUACAGGGGGAGCUACUGGUGCUGGGGGGCUACAGCCACCGUACUUAUGCCAUUUCCCACCUUAUCCAUGCCUACUGCCCUGGCCUGGGCCGCUGGCUCUGCCUGGGAACUCUACCAAGGCCACGGGCUGAGAUGCCUGCCUGCACCCUGACAUUGCCCACUGUGCAGCACGUAGCUUUGGUCCCUACUGUGCACCAAACCAAACCUGCUGGAUGAAGGAGGCUCAGCAAUAUAUGAGGGAUGAAAGGAUAAGAAAUACCAGGACAAAAGGACAGAGAUUAUGAGGGGAGGAAAGCGUUUUCCCUCUCUCUCUCUCUCUCUCUCUCUCUCUCUCUCUCGGAUCUUACGAUGUAGCCCAGGCUGACCUCAAAUUUGAAGUCCUCCUGCCUCAGCUUCUUGAGUGCUAGACUGCGUUCACCACCCCAACUGACUUGAGAAGUGUUCAUCAUCAUCAUCAUCAUCAUCAUCACAUCAUCAUCAUCAUCUGAGACCAAGUCUCCCAUAUUCCAGGCUGGCUUAGAACUCCCUGUGUAUCUGAGGAUGACCUUGAGCCUCUAAUUCUCCUGCCUCUACCUCCCUAAGAGCAAGGAUCACAGGCAUGUACUACCACACCUGGUUUAUGUGGUACUGAAGCUCAAAGCCAGGACUUUCUGCAUGCUGGGCAGUUACUCUACCAACUGAGCUGUAUCCCAGCCCCCAAGAAAAGGCUUUACUCUUUCUUAUUUAUUCGUUUUGUGUUUGGAUACAGUCUCACUAUGUAAUCCUGGCUGGCCUGGAACUUGCUAUGUAACCUAGGCUGGCCUUAAAUUCCCAAAGAGCCACCUGCCUCUGCCUCUCAAGUGCUGGGAUUGCAGGCAUGCAUCACCACUCCCAACUGAGAACUUUUUGAUAGUAUUUUGUUCUCACGGUGCCUUGCAGUUCAUAAACUGCCUUUAUAGAUAUGAUCUGUACUGAGGAAAAGGUGGUUCCACGAUGAGGAACUGGCCUUAGGAGAAAGCAGCUGAAUCCUUGGGUAAUGGAGGCAACCAGGAAGAACGGGAAGAAGCACAGGUAGUUGGGGUUGUGAGUGGAGCUCAUAGUCUGUCUAGCAUGCAUAACAUCCUGGUUCAGUAAUCUCCAGCACCAAAAAAAGAGAGAAAAAAGAAAGGAAAGAAGGAAGAAAGGGAAGGGUUAGCGAGCUUCAAUAGGCAAAGAAUAGGGACUAGGAAAGGACUGUAGACAAUUGGAAAAUGAUUCUGGCCCCCAGAGGAGUGCAGAAGGAAUCAUACGGCCCCACCCCCUUUCCUGGCACUGGCUCCUUUUAUUCUUGCAUCCCUGGGAUACCUAAAUCCUCUUGACAAUACUCUUUCUUGGAUAAUUUUGUAGGCACAGUCUAGAGUUUCCUAACCUAGACCCCAUAGGCUGCCCAUGGAGACUUGGUUUCUGUUUGAGGCUGAAGUUCCCGUCAGGGCUGAGUAUGGUGGUGCGUAGUGCAUACCUGUAAUCCUGGCACUUAGGCGAUGGAAGUAGGAUGACCAAGGAUUGACAUUCUGUCUCAAGAAAACCAAACCAAACCCAGUAAAACAAACGACCAAGACGUUCCCAUCAAGACUUGGACAGCACAGGGGUGAAGCCAGGCAGGCCUACCAGAGUGACGAGAUGGGUCUAUUCGUUGGGAAGGGAGGGUAGAGAUGGGAGGGACAGAGGCCAAAGAGGGAGAUGCCCAUGGUGGAAAAUAGGUGGUGUGAAGUUUGAGGAGAUGGGAAGAAUCAGCCAAAUGUCUUUCCUUCUAUGAACUGAGGGAUCAGGAGAAGAAACAGGGCAGUUGUUUGAGGUCCCAAGGGGUGGGGCAGCUGGAGAGGAUGGGGGAACAUGGCCAAGAAAAGUAAAAGACAGAGAAGACUUGAAAAAGCAAUGUCUUCUUUCCAGCUCUAGCAUUAUUUUGAAUCUAUUUUUCCCAAGUUUUAGGUGGGUUUCUUGAUUGUUUUGAUUUGUUUUAAAGAUAGCGUCUCUUGUAGCCUAUACUAGCUUUGAAAUCAUUGUGUAGAUGAGGGUAAUCUUGAACUUCUGCUCCUCCUGCUUCGACCAUCAGAGUGCCGGGAUUACAAGUGUACACCACCACGCUGGGCUCCAUAUCUCCGUUUAAGAUAGACAAGGAAUAGAUCUGAAAAUGAGAAAGGUUAAAUAAGGCUAAGAGAAAAGACAAGAGAGAUUGAAGAAGAAAAGGAGGAAGGAAAUUGGAGGGGUGAACAUUUUGUUUGUGAUUGGUAUAUACA